AGAUGGCAGAGGAUGACUUCUACCUUCGGUAUUACACGGGGCAUCAAGGAAAGUUCGGCCACGAAUUCUUGGAGUUCGAGUUCAGGCCUGACGGCAAGCUGAGAUAUGCAAACAACUCCAACUACAAGGGAGACAACAUGAUUCGAAAGGAAGUGUUUGUGAACGAAGGAAUCCGUGAGGCUCUCAAGAAGAUCGUGGCGGACAGUGAGAUCAUGAAGGAAGACGACAACAACUGGCCCAUGCCUGACAAGGUUGGACGGCAAGAGCUUGAGAUCGUGCUUGGUUCGGAGCACAUCUCUUUCACAACCACUAAGAUUGGAAGCUUGCUGGAUGUCGAAGACAGCAAGGAUCCGGAGGGACUCAGGGUGUUCUAUUACUUGGUGCAGGACAUCAAGUGUUUCGUGUUUGCCAUUGUGCAAAUGCAUUUCAGAAUCAAGCCAAUCUAAGUUGCGGAUGAAUUUGUGAUGACUGAAGCUGUACAGCACAACCUCCCCCACAUGAGAGAGCAUUCAACUCCAUGUGGUCUGCAGGAACUCAAUAUCUUGACUCAAGUUCAGCUCACAUCUUGUCUCGCGACGAUCUGUGUUCCUUUAUGAUGAAUUUCAAGUUAACAAUAAAUUCCGAGAGAUAAAA